AUGUUAUUGUUAUAUAAACCAAUAAUCCAACAGUACGUCAGAGAAUUGCUAUCCUCAGCAAUCUCUAAAUGCUCAACCAGUGAAAUAGUCCAAGAAUUCGCAAAACAUCCUAACGUUUGCGUAGCAAAACAAAAAUUCGGAGACUAUCAAUGGAGUGAUGCCAUGUCUCUGUUUAAAGCAGCAAAAGAUCACUUAUCAGUGAAUAGCCCAAAAGAACUCGCUGAAAUGGUCAAAAAUAACAUCUCUUCGAAUUCGUUCUCAUCAAUUAAUGUUUCACCUCAAGGUAAUAAAUAUCAGAACAAAACAAAUAUGUGGAUAGGAUUUAUGACAUUUGUGUUAUCAAAUGAUUGGAUUGAACAAGAAAUCAGGUCGCUUGCAAAAUAUGGACCGUCAGUAGAUAAAUCAACAGAAAAACAUGGAGAAACGGUUGUGAUUGAUUUUUCAUCACCAAACAUCGCUAAAGAAAUGCACGUAGGACAUUUAAGGUCCACAGUUAUAGGAGACUCACUAGCUCGAGUAUUGGAAUUCUUCGGAUAUAAAGUGAGGAGAAUAAACCACCUGGGAGAUUGGGGAACCCAGUUUGGGAUGCUUAUAGAGUAUAUGUUUGAGAAGUACCCAGACUUCUUAAAUAAUAUGCCGAGUAUAAGCGACUUGACUAAGUUCUACAAAGAGGCGAAACUGAGAAUGGACGUUGAUGAGGAAUUUAAGAAGAAGAGUCGAUCCAGAGUAGUUAGGCUCCAAUCAGGAGAUGAAGAGUCUAAAUUGGUUUGGAAAGUACUCUGUGAUAUUAGUCUCGAGUCAUUUAAUAGGAUUUACAAAAGACUCGACAUCAACUUUGAAAUAUUUGGAGAGUCGUUUUACAAUGACAUGAUCCCGGAAAUUGUUAAGGACUUGCAGGACAGAGGAAUUGCCCAAGAGUCAGAAGGUGCUCUAGUCAUAUUCACUGAUGCCUCUUCAGUACCAUUAAUGCUUGUUAAAAGUGACGGUGGCUUUGGCUACGAUUCCACAGACCUUGCUUGUAUUAGAUAUAGAACCCAACAACUUAAAGCUGACUGGAUAAUUUACGUUACAGACAUUGGGCAAUCUGAACACUUUCUCAAACUAUUCAAAUCAGCACAAAUUGCAGGUUGGUGUGAGAAUGUGAGGAUAGAUCACGUUGGCUUUGGGAUGGUCCAGAAUGAGUUUGGAGAGAAGUUCAAGACAAGGUCAGGCGAUACCGUCAAACUUGUUGACUUAUUGGACGAGGCAGUUAAAAGGUCUAAGAUUGAACUAGAAAAAAGGGACCCAAACAUACCAAAUUUGGAUGAGAUUGCUGAGGCUUUGGGAUACGGCUCAAUUAAGUAUUUUGAUUUAAACCAUUCAGUUACUACAAAUUAUAAGUUCUCAUUUGACAAGAUGCUUGAUCCACGCGGAAACACUGCAGUAUACAUGUUCUAUUCAUACGCAAGAAUAUGUCAGAUUUUCAAAAAGGCACAAUCGAAAACUAGUUCUAAUCCCGAAACUAGUGGUGAUCAUGCAGAAACUAAUCCUAAUCCAGAAAAUAGUGACGAUAAUCCAGAGGUAAAUGGUGAGGAUAACCUACUGGUUAAUGAAAAAAGUACAGUAGUGGAUGACGUUAAAUUGAGUAAAUUAGUUAUAGAACACCCUACUGAAGUGGCACUUGGCAAGUGUCUCUUGAAAUUCCCGUCAAUUCUAGACCAAAUACACAAAGACUUAGCCAUUAACAGGUUAACGGAUUAUUUGUAUGAGUUGAGUGUUCAGUUUUCAUCAUUUUAUACAAAAUGUAAAGUAGUUGGGGAUCCAAUGCAAGAAUCAAGACUAAUACUGUGUUCCUGUACCAAAGAUGUCAUGAGAACCUGCUUCCAACUCAUCGGAAUCAAGCCCCUGGAAAGAAUUUAA